GUCACGUCGGCCGUUGACGCUGCUGGCGCCAAGUUAUAAGUUUUGAGCGGAGAGGGCGGUUGGAGUUGGGGGAGAAUUUAUCGAAGGUUGAAAAGCUAGGAUUGCGGACGCCCAAAUGGAGGGGGAGAACAGACUUCCAUAUCCAAUUUGCAAAUUGGAUUAUAUUGUGAGUUAUUGUCGCAAACACAUUUUAAGUGGAUCGGAAGCCAACAACUUCACAAAAGCUGACCUAUCAAAGCCAGAAGCUGUGCAGAGACUGUACAUGAGAUGUCUACAGAUUGUUUUUGAUGCACGUCCGGAUUGCUUUUACAUGAUGCCCGGAGAUGAAAACAUGCCAUAUCCUCAACUUUCUGAAGGUUUUAUCCCACUUCUGAAUCUUUAUGUUUGCAUGCAUAAUUUAAAAUCACUAUGUGCAAUUCCAUAUUUUGAGAUGAGUGACCUCUUGAAUCCUAAAUCAAAAGGUACCAUUGUCAUCAUGAGUGGUAUAAUCAACUUCCUUCAGUUCAGAAAAAGAACCCUCGAAACUUACCUGAACCAACAAAAAAGUUUUAAAUUGAAUCUGGAGAUGAUGCAACAGAUGGUUUCAUCAAAUGAAGAAAUGAAAUACAAAAUUGAAAGACUUAAUACCAUACCUCCUGACCAAAAGGCAAAGAUUGAUGUCCUGUCUGCAGAAAUAACUGAAUUGCAGCAAGUUAUAAACCGUGAAUAUCGUCUCAAACAAAAUUCCAUCCAAGAUGCAACUACACAUCUGAAGACUGAAAUUGCAGAGCAAAAUAAAGUGUUGGGUCAGCUAAAAUUGGACAUGGCCAAUGCAAAAGAACUCCAAGCAAAGCUCCGACCUUUGAUUGUGGAAUGCCCAGAACAAUUGAACAGCGAAAUACAGUCAAUGAGGGAGACAGUAGAAAAAAAGAAGGAGGCCAUGCAAAAGAAAAAUGACAGAACAAUGGAACUUCAGGACAAGUUGGCAAGUCUUACCAAUUUCCAAAACAAAGAACUAGAAACUUACUGCAGUUUAUUGCAACAAUCCCAGACUGGCUCUGACCUUAUAAGCAGCGUGAACACGGAGAUUUGGAAUGAAGAAAAUGAGCUGGAGAGAAAGCAAAUGGAACUGAAAAACAUGCAGACAGAAGAAACUCGGUUGAAAAGGAUUCUGGGCUCAAAGCUUGAGAAACAGGAUAAGUUACAGAUGCAGAGGCAUAAGAAACAAGAAGCUAGGGAGCAUGAUCUUGAUUCAGUAGCCACGGAGUUUGAUAUGUUUAAGCAGCGAAGCCAGGAGGUCUCUGAGAAGAUUGCACAAAUAAACAGUGAACGUCAACAAUAUCAGACGAAAAGCCAGACAUUGCAAGAGAGCUGUGCUAAAGAUGAAUCAGAAUGUCAGAAUUUGUACUCCAAGCUGCUGGCUGAUCUGGAACAAUAUCAUGAACGUUUGGCUGUAGUGACACAAAAGGCUACAUUUGAAGGACAAAAGCAAAUGGCAGAACUAGAGAAAGCCAUGAGUGAAAGAAUUUGAAGCCCAUUCUGCACUUCACUGCAAAUCUUUGUAGAUGUCUGAUUUUGCUAAUGUGUCUCCUGUCAGGUUGUUUGUAACUGUUGGAACUAUUUUAUAUGUAGCUUCCUUAAAAAGUACUGAGUAAAGCACAAUUUCUUAGUGUAUAAUGAAAUGUACAUUUUCAUGUCUUUUGUAGUGUGCAAUGUUUUCUGAUAUAUAACUUUGCAAGAAAAAUAAAAAUGAGCUGCACUUGUUAAAUGUUAGUGUCAUUGUUAAGAUACGAUGGUAAGUUUGUAUUAAGGAUGAUAUUUCUUUGAAAUACUGACCAUGGAGAAAGAAAGGAUGUUUAUUUUGGAAAAUGAUUUGCUAUUUGUCUUUUUAUUCUCAAAUGAAUAAUUCUUAUCACUUUCAAAUGCCAGCCUUAAAUAUUGGAGAAUUACUUUUUGUCUGCUCCAUUCACCCAUGUUAUAUUUCUUUCUUUCUUUCUUCUAUGCAAUGAGUCCCCUUUCAAAUAUCAUUAUCAUGCCCAUUAUCUGCUUUCAUCAUUCCUUUACUCUGCAGAGAAAAGUUUUAUAGUACAUAAAUUCUUUAUUUGCCACAAAAACAAAAUUGCUGGAAAAGCUCAGCAUCUGGGAAGGAGAAAACAGAAUUAACGUUACGAAUCUGGUGACCCUUCCUCAGGGUCACUGGACCCGAAACAUUAAUUCUGUUUGCUCCUUCACAGAUGCUGCCACACCUGCUCAGCUUUUCCAGCAACUUUGUUUUUGAUCCUGAUUUACAGCAUCUGUAGUUCUUUUGGUUUUUCUUUAUCUGCCAGUUAUUUUUCUGAAACUGCCCCACAAAUGGUAGUAUUUCUUCCCGUCAAUGCCUUUUGUAAUUUAAGACUUUUUGAAGGCCCCCUUUUAUUUUAGAGGGCGAAGCAAAAGCAAUAGCCUUCACAACUUACUCUUAUGGAUGCACUCUCUCCAUUCUGGUAACAUCCCGAAAGCCUUUUAAAUACCUUCUCCUGUCUUUCAUUGUUAUUUUUUUAGAAUGGGGACCAGAGCCAUACUUUGCUGCAUGUCAUCAAACGUUCACUCAGAAAUGAUACAUUUUGCUCAUGCAGGGAGGUUAAUGUUAUAAAACCUCCAAGAUGCUUCAUAACAGUGUGGUGAAACAAAAUUUGCUGUACAAUCCACAUAAGUUUUUCAUGAUGGUCUGUGCUGUGAAUGUCUAACCUCAUUUCAUACAUCCUGAUCAGUACAAUAAAUUGUUAGCCCUUUU